AUGGGCGCAAAGUUGUGGUGCAUCGUUGGCAGCAGCAGAGGUAUCGGUCUUGAAUUUGUACGUCAGCUCCUCGCCCGAGGUGAUCAAGUCAUCGCUGCUGUACGCGAUCCUAUGAGCGCAUCGGAAUUGUGGCAGCUGACAGCCAACUCCAAUCGACCCGGUGCUUGUGAGAUACACCAAUGCGAUGUCAAAUCAGAGCAGAGCAUAGAUGCCUUUGCCACUCGACUGCGGCAAGUGCUGAGGCAUGGCAUCGAUUACUUAGUGCUCAACGCCGGUGUUCUGGACUAUCCUAAUAGGGCCACAGAAAUCUCCUACUCAGAUUUUGCUCACCAUCUCCAUACCAACACCAUCGGGCCGAUCAUCACUGCACAGCGGCUCCUAGCCACAGGCCUUCCAAUCGGCACAGUUAUUUUCAUGUCUAGCGACUCUGGUUCAGCACUCAGCUUCCGUGACUUCGAAGAUGGGUUCGGGGCAUUUGCCGCAUCGAAGGCUGCUCUGAAUCAAAUGCUGAGGGUGCGUAUCAGCUGGCUGACCUCAAUCACUCCUCAUCUUCCUCUUUCCUCUCGACCAUCUCGCGCAACCGAGCCAUUUUUGACCGUCAUUAGCACAUGGCCGCAGAGCUUCGUCGCAAAUCCAGCCCCACGGUUAUUCUGGCCAUGCACCCCGGUGAGGUAUCCACGUACGUUCAUGCAUAAAUCCAUUACCGGCUCUCCUUUACCUCGCGCGUCUUACACCAGAGGCAGAGACAUGGCAGACAUAUCCACAGGCUGGGACAUUGAAGGCAUCCUCACCCCACAAGAAAGCGUCGAGGCCAUGCUCCGCGUCAUCUCUACAAAGACCAUUGAGCAUAGUGGCACGUUCUGGACGUGGGAAGGGAAGGUAUGUCGUCGAUCAUUGACAAACAAGUCUCCUUCGCCGCGACCACUAUGUGUACAUGAAUGCGAACGAAUACCCUGGGCCAAUGAGUUGAUCCUACAAAUACCACUUGCUGAGGAGGAGCUGAUCCGUCGGUGUUUUCAUGUUGCAGGAACACCCGUGGUGAUUGCUCUACACAGAGCGCCAUAG